UUCUUUUCAUCUCUUCGUCAGGUCUCAGUCAGUCUCAGUUUUUGAGCAGCAAUGAGCACAACGACAACGACUGCCGCGAUCCGUGGCAAGUCAACCGCCGCCACUCCCACUGCUGCCUCUGCCUCGACUGCGGCUGGCACGACCACAGCGACGACGAGUGCUACGGCGACGGCAACGACUGAGCAGCAGCAGCAGCAGCAGCAGCAGCAGCAGCAGCAGAGCAAGGCGGCCGAGCAAGAACUGCCACCAACGUCAACCCAGACCGACCGCCUCACACAACUCCAAGAUCGAAUCAGCCAGAUGGCUGAAAUGCUGUUUACAAGUGUCGGUGUAUUGAAGGACUUUCGGCCGACGGACGCUGCGUCACAAACUGCAACAAUCCUGCCGGCCGGUGCACCUGCGCCAAGCGGAAUGUCGCUACAGCAAUACGAAGAAUUUGCACAAACGCACGCAUCCAUGAUUGCUCGAACUGCCAAGGAGAUUGAUGUACUCAUUGACAGCUUGCCCGAAAUGCAUGUCGAUGCCGAAGACGAGUUGCAAAUGUUUGCGAACUUGCACAAGCAGAACGCCGAUGCCGGUAUUGCGUUUGGUGAGACGGUGAAUCUUGCAGAGGCUCACCUCACUGCCGUCAAGCAAGCACUUCACUUUGUGGCGAGUCAGCAAGUGCAUCCCUAGUAGAUUCUUCUUCUCCCCCCCCCUCCGCCAACUCGUUAUGAUCUCGUUAAUCUCCCUCUUCACUUGGCAUAUGAUGAUGAGACUGUUAGCUAUGUAGAGCGCAUCCUCCCGCCAAGUGAUUCUCUUCCUUUUGAAUGAAUUCUAAUCAUCAGAAUGAUCCAACUGUUUGCUCGAGUGCCAAAGUUCUAUUACUUUACCUUAUAUACAAUAGUUUGCAAC